AAAAAUAGUGAAGAAGCGAAAUGUACAGUUUUGAGGGAGAUUUCCGAAGAAAACCGAUUCAAUCCUUGCGUGGAGCAAGCAAAAAGGAAGAAAAAAAUCAGCUAUUGAUCAGAGCUCAGAUUGAAAGGCAGCGAAGAGAGGAGGUGAGAUUGCAGCAUGAGAGUGCAACAAAAAUACAGGCCUACUUCCGCAGUUAUGCUGUCCGAAAACGUCAGAUGGUGGCAGUGCGAAGUCAGUUUGACCAGAGAGUCCAGUCUGUACAGCGGCCAGAAUCAUUGGAUAUGAAGACACUUUGUUUACUCCAACAGAAGCUAUGCUUUUUCUAUACAGAAAAACUUGAUUCCCAGAGAUUGAUAUGGGUAUGUCAGAAUGUGAUUAAGAAGAAAGAUGAAUACCUGACUUAUAUGUGUUCUUGUAUCCCCAGUGGUUUAUAUCAGUUACAAAGGUUACUAGUGCUGUGUUUAAGACAUUUGAAGGAUGUCAUACAUACAGCUGCCCCUAUAGCAAUUCCAAUGAGAAUGCUGGAGAUGUUCACAUCAUCAGAGCUCUACAGAUCAUGCAACUUCACAAAGAGACCAGAUGGGCCAGUCCCCCACACAUGGCUGUACCUCAUCAACCAUGGUUAUUUUGACUAUCUGAGAGUGAUACUUGAGGCUAAGGUACCAUCUGACCUGGAGAGAACAGCUGUAGCCCCUACUCCACUGGCUGAUAGUAUUCUGGGGCUCAUCAUGGGGCCUGUCAGCUUUGCCUUACAGCACAAAAAUCAGGCAUUUAGUCACUGUGUGUUGAAGGCUUUAUGUCGGUCCUUGCUAUGCCCAGCCUACAGUGAGCAGAUUGAACAUUUUCUCCUCCCGGCUAUGGCCUACGGAAGAUUUCCUUUCCCAUUUGUUGAUCUCAUUCAAGCUCUCAUAACUGAUACCACUAUCGAUAGUAAACAAGAAACACGGGGCAAUGGAAGGUUAUGUAGUACAUCUUUUGAAAUGACCCCAUGGCUUCUUGGUGCACUAGUUACCUUAGCUGGUAAAUAUAUAGAAGUUCUGAACAUAAAACAGACAGUGGAUUUUCUAUCUGUACUGAAAAAGUUACUCUGCAGUUUACCAACCAGAGAGGUUCAAGAGGAUGAUGAUUCUGACGAUGAGAUGGAUAUUGACCAAGUGUUUCCAACAGGUGGCUUAGAGAAAAUACAACAAGAUUGCAUGACCUUCCUAAAUUCCCCAAAUUUUGUUCAUCGUGUCAUAGAUUGUCUUGGAAACAAGAUGUCUCACGACAUAGUCUCAGCUAUUUGUGUCAUCUGUCAUGCAUUAAUGACACAUCAUCACUUGGAAAUACACAAAGUCAGGUUGCUGUAUAGUCUAGCAUUCAGCAAGUCUUUCAUCCAGGGUCUAUGGUCAGUCUGUACAACUACCUGCAAUUGGACAGUCAUGGGUACGGAAGCUUCCCUCAUACAGAUGUUAGCUUGUGGUGUGGACCUCUCAGACGAUGAUAUCCAGAGAAUUGUGCCAUUGUUAGCCAUUUUUUGCUCAAUGUUUAACCACUUCCUGUAUACUAUACACGAUGCUGACUUUUAUGGAGAAACUAAAGCUAGCAGUAUGCCAUUCAGCUUGGAAGAAUUAAUUCCGAUGACCCUUGUACUUCGUGACACUUGUCUGGGUGUGAUUGAGCUGGCGCACCCUGAUACGCGGCUCUCAAUCACAGAGGACUAUCACGAGGCACUUAUACAAGCUGGCAUGAAGGAUAAACCACGAAAGAAGGAAGCAGAGGAUCAUAACAAUCACAUGUGGGCUUACUUGUUUAAGGUGACAUCUUCACUUGUAAGACAACUCUACUCCAGGGACACCCGGCGGACAUUCUGUCCCAUUAACUUUUGGCAGUCAGACAGAGUAUCUAUCCAAGCUGACAAACCUUCUCAGAUAUACAGAGCACAAGGUUCAGUGUUCACAAGGCGGCCAUUCGGAGCUAUGAAAUCCCUGACAAAAACAACCAUAGAUGAAGAUGGACCACCUUUAUCUAACACAGAUGUUAAAAAUCUAGUCAUUCUUACUGAGCUCCCAUUUGUUGUGACAUUUGAAGAACGGUUCAAGAUCCUCCAGAAAUUGAUUCAGACUGACCGACAGGAAUACCAAGGGGAGAUGACUCACUUUUUGUCAGGGCCUUCCAUAUCUGUGAUGAUUCGCAGAAACUACAUCUACGAAGAUGCAUUUGAUAAACUUUCACCAGAAAAUGAGCCGAACCUGAAGCUGAAGAUGCGAGUACAACUCGUCAAUGCUGCUGGUUUGGAUGAAGCAGGGAUAGAUGGUGGAGGCAUAUUCCGUGAAUUUCUUUCUGAGUUACUGAAGACGGGAUUCGAUCCUAAUCGGGGGAUGUUUUGUCACACAACAGAUCAGCUCCUAUACCCCAACCCUAAGUCUUCAGUUUUGAUGGAGAAUUACACUAAGCAUUACUACUUCUUAGGCAGGAUGCUUGGCAAGGCCAUUUAUGAAAACAUGUUGGUGGAGCUACCAUUUGCAAGUUUCUUCCUCUCAAAGAUACUCAGUCGUCAUGGUGGCAAUUUAGACAUUCAUCAUCUAGCUUCUCUCGAUCCAGAGUUAUACAGAAAUCUCUUGUCACUGAAGACAUAUGAGGGUGAUGUUAUGGACUUAGGUUUGGACUUCACUACUGUGAAUGAUCACUUUGGUCAGAAAAAUGUUAUAGAGUUAAAACCUGGAGGACAUCAGAUAGCAGUCGACAACCACAACAGGAUAGAAUACAUACACCUAAUGGCAGACAACAAACUCAACAAACAAAUACGUGUACAGUGCACAGCUUUCCGACAGGGUAUGUCUGAUGUCCUGAACCUUGACUGGCUCCGCAUGUUUGAUCACCAUGAACUUCAGGUUCUUAUCUCAGGGGCUAUAACUCCAGUGAACAUUGAGGAUUUGCAGCGUCACACAAACUAUUCUGGAGGAUAUACAGACAGUCAUCCAAUCAUUCAGAUGUUUUGGAAAGUCGUCCAACAAUUUACCAAUCGUCAGAAACGGCAGCUGCUCAAAUUUGUGACAAGUUGUUCUCGUCCACCUCUCCUUGGCUUCAAGGACUUGUAUCCAGCAUUCUGUGUACAUUAUGGUGGAAACGAACCAGAUAGACUACCCACAGCAAGCACUUGUAUGAACCUUUUACGUCUACCAGAGUUUAGUGAUGAGAAGACAAUGAAAACUAAGCUGUUAUAUGCAGUGGAAUCUGAAUCUGGUUUUGAACUCAGCUAGUUUUUAAGUCUACGUUUUUCUCCAGUAGCAAACUGUUACCGAGAUGUUUUUUUCAUGAAGUGUUUCCAACACUUUAUUCAUAAGGCAUAAAUGAGAGGAUUCAUUUGGAAAAUAUUCUAGUGUGAUAUGUAAGUUAUGUUUGUGGCAUUUAGAACUGUGGAAAUAGAACUAAAAAUUUUUACAGGGUAUUGUUCCAAGAACAAAGUCACAGGCAUUGUACACUAUAAUGUAAUCACAACAACCUUUGUCAUAAUUACCACAAAUGUUACUGCUUAAUAUUUGUCAUAGGAAGAAGUCAUGAAAAACACCAUGCCCCAGCUGGGGUUUGAACUAGUGACCUUUCGAUCUCUAGUCGGAGACUUUUAUCAUUUGACUAAUGGGAAAUUUUUACUAGUCAAGGCUAGUAAGGUGACCUGAAAUCUCUCCUUCUACAUUUACUCCUCCUUCAUCAGCCUUUCACCCCAAAGACUAUAACAGGAAGAGUAAUGAGUAACACAUUGCCCCUGCUGCAGUUCCAACUAGCGCCUUAGGUCUCUUGACAUACACUCUACCACUUAAAGGAAAGGCUAGAAAGGCCACCUGAACUCUCUUCUUUGUCAUAUAUAAACUUCCUUUUAUUUUUGCAUUCCCAAAAUAUUGAUGGAAAUAUCACCACAGUAAAAUUGGUACCAUUUCAAUAAAAACCAGGAUUUAAAACAAAUGACAUUAUAACCAAAUUUUGACUAAAUCAGACAUUUCAUGAGGUAAAAUAUUACUUCUGCAAUACUGCUUUUAUUUUGAGAUGUAGCCCAUUGAUUAGUGUCUUGUGGGAAUUGGAUGUAUUGGUCUAGCCCUGAAGUCAGUAUUAAAUUGACUUUUCACUGACAUUGAUCAAAUUAUAGAUAUGAUAGAUCAUAUAAUUUGUUGAAAGUGUUUUGUUGAAGUUUAAUUAAUCUUUGUUCUUGAUAACAGCACACAUCUAUGAUUUUUCAAAAAAUACAUAUUUAUAUAUUGUAGCUAGCAAUAGGUCUAUGUCAAGGUAAUGAAUCCAACUAAGACUUAUUUUCAUUUCUACAUAUAAGUGAUACUUCAUACUAGUACUGUAAUCAACAAAACAAUACCCAAUACCAACCUACCCAAGUUUGGUUUUGAAAAGGUGGUGAAUCUAACUUAAAAUAGGACCCGGUGACCAUGACUUUGAAAAUGACUUGUUUUGCAACAUUGCCCAUUCAAAUUCUUCAAAUGCUCAUGGCAACAAGGAUUUACCAUGGGAUGUCUCCUGUAAUAAAAUUAAUGGGGCACCAACUCUCGAUCAUUUGUAUGUUUCAUUCCAACUUCCUAAACAUUUGCUGUUGGUUGCAUGUAAUUUCCACUGCAUGACUUUGUCUCAUUCAGCUCUAGAAUCACCAAGAUGUUAUUUCUAACAAUACCCAAAGCAUAUGUAUAAGUUUGAUGUUUGUUUUUCUGUUACAUGAAAAUUGGUAAGGUUGAAACUCAUUACUGGUUCAGAAACUCAAGAACCUUUAUAUAUAUAAAACAUACUUGUUUCAUAUACCAGAAUGAUUUUCAGAUGUAGAAAAUGUCGGUGGUGAACCAAUAACUGUAACACAGAGAAAUUUCUAUGGUAAUUUAUUCCAUCACUUCACAUGGAUAGACAUUUAACAUAAUAAAAUAUAUCAUAGUGUUGGUUAUUACUAAGUUUUUGAACCAAUAUUGAUGCUUUUUAGUUGUAUGUUAAAUUUCUGUGCUGUAAUGUGUUUUAUUAGUACAAAUUUGUAAAUUCUUUUACCAAAUAUUUUGACCUUUACACAACCAGCGUAUCUGAUAGAAUAUACCAUGGACCAGUAGAAUUUCUUAUGUAGGUACAUUGUCAUUUUAUUUCAUUAAUCUGUUUACGAAAUAAAUUUCUAGUAAUAUGAA